CUAUGAUAAAUUGCUGGAAAACAUGAAGAACAUUGUGCAUUGGGAGUUACCCGUCGCGUGUUAGUAGUGGCGUUUACCAAAGUUUGCUUUGCCGAUUGCGAAACGUGAUUGGUAAACAGUUUGCCAGAAUAUACUCUGACCCAGACGGUUAUGAUGGACCAGAACUUUUGCAUUAUAUUAUGCAUCUUUUGUGUAUCUCAGUCAGUGAUGGCUUUUAACAUUGAUCCUUCUACAUGGAAAAUGUUCACUCCAAAAGAGAAAGUAUCCUUUGGCUAUAAGAUUAUACAGAAAGACACAUCAAGUCUGAUUGUGAGUGAUCCUUUAAUUCAAACCGGAGAUAAAAGAGGACAGAUUUAUGUCUGCACGGUCAAAGACAGAACCUGCUCAUCACUGAACAUUGAUGUUCCUCCAGAAGCUGUCAACAUGUCUCUUGGGCUUUCCAUGGUUCAAGAUCCACGAUCUUCAAAAGUGGUGGUUUGUGGCCCAACCAUUCCAAAGAAAUGUGUAGCAGCUACCAACUACAGAGGCAUGUGCUUUAUCCAAGAAAACAAUAAGUUUAAACCACCAUUCCCGAGCCUUAAAUACAGAGACUGUCUUGGUCAGAUUGACAUAGCUUUUCUAUUAGAUGGAUCUGGGAGUGUAGGACCUUAUAAUUUUUAUAUCAUGAAGACUUUUGUGAUAAAUGUGAUCAAACGUUUUAUUGAGCGAGAUGGACAGUUUGCCAUUGCUCAAUACUCCAGAUAUUGUACUAUUCACUACAAUUUCAUUGAUCUCAAAACUGAAGACAACUCAUGGGAGUCUAAGGUGACAGGUAUAGAGUACUUAACAGGUACCACUUACACUGCAGCAGCCAUCCAAAAACUUGUGGAUGAGCUAUUUACUUCAGCUGGAGGGGCAAGACCAUCAGCCAAAAAAAUCUUGCUUGUUAUUACUGAUGGAGAGUCUCAUGACAGGAACUCAUUGAAAUCUGUAACAUCACAGGCAGAUGCAAAGAACAUAGUACGAUUCGCAAUCGGGGUUGGCAAUGCUUUUAAUAAAUACAGUGCAAGAGAGGAGUUAAAUACAAUUGCUUCUGAUCCAGAUGAUGAUCAUGUGUUUAAAGUGACAGACUUUAAUGCACUAAAUAAUAUUCUUCAAAAACUGGAAGAGAACAUUAUUGCCAUUGAAGGAACUCAGACUUCAGGGGACUCCUCUAGAUUGGAGUUUGCACAGGAUGGAUUCAGCACAGCCUUCACACCAUAUGGAAGUGUGUUGAUGAGUGCUGUUGGAGCUUUCCAGUGGAAAGGUGGUUACCAGGAAGAUGAUUCAAGUAGCUCCUUUCAAGCAGGCAAUGAGCAUGAUAGCUAUCUAGGUUAUUCGAUGACUGUUGCAACAGUUUCAGGGACCAGCUAUGCUAUUCUUGGAGCACCAAGAUACAAGCAUCAAGGACGAGUCACUGUAUCACGUAUCAGAACCAAUCAAAACAAAGAGCUGGAGAUUCCCAUGCCUCAGAUUGGCUCAUAUUUUGGAGCUGAGGUUUGUGUGGUGGAUUUGAACAGGGACUUCAGAACAGACCUCCUGUUGGUAUCAGCACCAAUGUACACGGAGCCUGACCGGGAGGGUAAAGUGUUUGUUUACACCUUUACAAGUCAGUUCACUUUUUCUGGUGUGGUGCUGGUGGGAAUGGCAGGUCAGAGGGGUCGGUUUGGUUCUUCUCUGGCCAGUCCAGCAGAUCUGAAUAAUGAUGGUUACAUGGAUGUGCUGAUUGGAGCUCCUUUAGAGGAUGAUGGACGGGGCAGUGUCUACAUAUUCAAUGGAGGACCAGAUCAAAUAGAUCCCAAAUAUUCACAGAGGAUUGCUGGAUCAAUGGCACAAUCAGGUUUGCAGUUCUUUGGGAUUUCAUUGAGUCAGUCCUCUCUAGACCAGAGUGGUGACAACCUUCCUGAUAUUGCUGUUGGGUCCAUGGGAGCAGUUCUGCUACUUAGGUCCAGGCCCAUCAUGCUCUUGGAAAACAAAGUAACUUAUAACCCAUCCAAAAUAUCAACCACUGUGACUUCACAAGGCUGUACAAUGCCAUUGACAAACACCCUGACAGUGUGCUUCAAAAUGACCCGAUUCAAACAUAGCCUAACAGAUUUAGCUGCAAAUAUUAAUUACACCAUAAUUCUGGAUGCCAAGCGACAGAAAUAUCGAGCAUAUUUCUCAUCCAAAAACCGCCUCCACAAUGAUGUGAUGAACAUUAAAUUGCAAGACGUUUGCAAAAGUCAUAGUUUUUUCAUAGAGGCUUGUCCAGAAGAUGCUCUGAACCCAUUGUCCAAUCAGUUGUAUUUUACAUUUGAGGGUCUACCGUCUGGAACAAUGCAAAACUUGCGGCCAAUACUCCAUCCAUAUAUAAAGACCACCACAGACCACAAUCUAGAUUUUGAGAGAGACUGUGGAACUGAUAAUACGUGUAUCGAUAACUUAAGAAUGGAUUUUAAUUUCUCUGGAGCUAGAAAUAUAGAGGUUGGGAUCAUGCAGGAGAUCAAUGUGACAGUGUUUGUAGAGAACAGAGGAGAAAACUCAUACAACACACUCUUCAGCCUUAAUUACCCCUCUGGACUUUCCUACAGGAGAAUCACAUCUAAACAGGGCAGAGCAGAAUGUGUGUCCCUGGAUGGUGUGCAAGGAGUUAAACCAGGAGAAACCACCUGCUACAUCAGUAAACCCAUCCUUAAGGGCAACUUUCAGGUUGUGUUUGAGAUUACAUACAGUAUUAAUAAAGAAAGUACACUGGGCCAAAAUGUGAUGUUUAAGGCUGCGGUCACAAGUGGAAAUGACAAACAUUCUCAAGAGAGUGAGUUACUCAAAGAAAAGACCAUUGGCGUCAAAUAUGGCAUCUCUAUUGCCAUGAUAAGGGAUGAUAACUCCACCAUCCACAUUAAUUUUACUUCAGGGAGAAAGGAUCUUAUGAAACCAGUCCAGCAGAUAAUAAAGAUUGAAAAUGAGUUUAGAGAAUUAACUUUCAAGGUUUUCAUCAGAGUACCAGUGAAAGUUGGUGAUGCUGAUAUCUGGACUAAUUCAAGUCUGCAAAUUUUUGGCUGUACAUGGGAGAAAGCGACAAAGCCUGUUUUCUCCAAUUUUAUGGACAUUAUUAAAAGUCAGCUUACAGUGAACUGCUCUGUGGCGGAGUGUUCCGAGUUCAGCUGUGACGUCACUCUUAUAAAGAAUGAAAAGAUGUUCUAUAAUAUAACUGGCAAUGUGAGCUCUGGAUGGAUUGAGCAGAUUGGACUCAGUGCUGCUGUUUUUCAGCUGGUCAGUUCAGCAUCUAUGGAUUAUGACAAGAGCAAAUAUGUUUUAUUUAACUCUGAUUCUCAACAAACUGCACCAUCUGUUCAGGUUAAUACUCAAGUGGAGGUGUAUGAGGAGGUGAAUCUGACUAAAGUGAUCAUUGGUGGUGUAAUAGGAGGACUGCUGCUCCUGGCUCUCAUCACAGGGGUCCUCUAUAAGGCUGGUUUCUUCAAAAGCCAGUACAAGCAGAUGCUGGAGGAGGCACAGGGGGGUGCAGGAGAACAGCCACAAUAAUCUGCAAUCAUUUAAUUUUGAGAUAUUAGUGUGUUUUGUGUGCUCGAGAAUCGAACAAACAUUUAUUUGUCACCUCAGAAUGAAAUACUUUGACACUUGAAUGAUGAAGAAUUGUAUUUGAAUAUUAAAUCAUAUCACUACUCAUUGUUAUUAGCGAGCUUAACAAGGAGUUACCACAAUGAAAGUAUUUAUCAUCUUGCAAAUAUUGUUCAUUUUCCUUAUUUGUUUUAAAAAUGGAUAAACUAUACCAUAGCAGAAAUAUCAGUAAUAUUCCUUUUGCUGACAUGCAGACUGUUUUUGAGAUGUUUUUUUUUUUAAAUCGUGUUUCUUUAUAUUUAUAUAAUAUGGAAGGGUGUUUCAGUCACAGAAAGAAAAAGCAUUGCAUUGUUUUAUCUCACAUUUGGACUUUAUAAUGUCUUCAUGCUGAAUUUACAAUUUACAAUCCUAAGAUUAUAUCUCACAGUUCUGAAUUGUUUAUAUUUUGUAGUUCUGAUUUUGUCUCUGAUUUUUAAAUUAACAAUUACAAUAUUUUUCUUUUAAUUACUAGUAACUUUUUUUUUUUUUGUAACAGGCUUUCAUGUUAUUAUAGGGUUUUGCUCUGGGUGUAAUAAUAAUAAUAAUAAUAAUAAUAAUAAUAAAAGACAUUGCUUUCUGCUUAAUACUUAAUAAUUUACUAAAUGUUCUUAUCAUUUGCAAAUAAUUUACAUUAAAUGUCUAGGUAAGGAUGAAAAUAAAAGAUACAAAGUGAAAUAUUUUUGGC